AUGAUAAACGUAACAGAUGCCGCGCGUACUAUCCUUGCACGCAAUGAUCGCGGUGGUUACACAGUUCCCACUGAUGGUCUCUACCCAUUUCAAUGGAACUGGGAUUCGGCAUUUGUUUCAAUGGGAUUUGCCACGUUUGACAUAGAUCGAGCUUACCAGGAACUCGAACGAUUUAUUCAAGGACAAUGGAAUAAUGGAAUGUUUCCACACAUUAUAUUUCAUGUUCCAAGUGAUAGCUAUUUUCCUGGUCCUGAUGUAUGGCAAACAGACCAGUGCCAUUCGAAAAAACCAUUGACAUCCGGUAUCACUCAGCCGCCUGUUUUCGGUAUGGCACUACGCUUUCUUUAUGAAACAGUACUUGCUACCGGUCGACAUGACAUGCUUGCACGCACGCAUACAUUAUUCAAUGCAGCAUUACGUUCGCAUCGAUGGUGGCUUGAAGCACGUGAUCCGGAUAAGCGUGGUCUAGUGGCGAUUUUACAUCCAUGGGAAAGUGGAAGCGAUAAUUCUCCUGCAUGGGAUGAAGCUCUUGUCCGAGUACCGACAACAACAAAAACUGAGAUUUGCCGUCAAGAUACAAAACACGUCAAUGCGACAAUGCGACCGCGUAAUAUUGAUUAUCAACGAUUUAUUCAUUUAGUCGAAGUCUAUCGUGAAUGUCAAUGGGAUCCAAUUAAACAAUGGUCACAUGCACCUUUCAAGAUUGCGGAUGUUCAAAUGACUGCCAUUCUUGCACGCGCUACCGCUGAUUUGAUCUGGAUGGCUUCACAGCUGAAUUUAUCUGAUGCUCUCGGAGAACUAUUUACAAUGCAUCAGCUACUGAUCAAUGGGUUGAAUAGUCGAUGGAAUCAGCAUAUCCGAGGUUUUGUCUCUUUAGAUCUUAUUUCUGGUAAAGACAUUGAAAAGCCAACACAAACUUGCUUUAUUCCAUUGAUUGCACUUGAACUUGAUAGUUAUCAACGAAAAUUUAUACAAGAGGAAAUCGAACGUUGGUGUCAAGGUAUGGUUAUUGGAAUACCGACAACCGCUCCUUUUUCACCAGACUUUGAAUCCAAAAGGUAUUGGCGUGGCCCCGUUUGGGCAGUUAUUAACUGGCUGAUUGCUGAUGGCCUACGAAAGAAUCAACUCAAGGAAUUAGCAACAAUUAUUGAGGGCAAUACAAUUAGUGUCAUUGAACGAGCAGGUUUUUGUGAAUAUUUUGAUCCUAUUACCGGCGAAGGACUUGGUGGUAAUACAUUUUCAUGGACAGCUGCUGCUUAUCUCGUUCUACGACGUCGUUUAACUGACGAUUAA